UUCGUUCGGUCGUUUACGCACAUGAUUCAGGCUCACUUACUGUCCAUUUAGAUCUGGAAGGCACCAGUCCUGGUUACUGAGUAAUUAGCCCACGAUCUCAACUCACUCUUGUAUCAUUAUGCUGUCCAUACUCUUUUUGUGUCUGGAGCUGUUCUUGGCUUCCACAGUCGCCGAUAUGCUGUCGCGUGAAGCAUGAUCAAAUGUCUCAUGGCUGGUGUUGAUGACAACUUAGAAGAACAAGUCAAACUGAAUCCAGAUCAAAAAUGAGAGCCAAGUUGUGGUGUCACCUUCGAGCCCAGAACGGAACAAUAAUAACCCAAUUACUUACGAGCCGAAGCCCCCUAACGGGGCGGCCUAAUUCCACUAAAGCUCUAUAUACUACUUCUGCACGCAUUUCUACAUUAGUUGACUACAGCCAUGCCAUCGCCUAGCAAGCAAUGUCAUUCGUGUCGUCGCAGCCGACUACGUUGCGAUGGAGGACAACCAACCUGUCUAAACUGCGAUUCCCGCGGUGUGGAAUGUCUUGGAUACGGAUCCCAACCUUUUCUUUGGGUUCGGCCCAGAAGCUCAGUCUCGGCUUCAGCCAAAUCAAAUUACGAGAGCAGCAUUAUCUCUCCUGCUAUCAAGAAGAAAGGCCGGCCAAGGCUGGUUCUGAUGCAGAGAUCCGAAGGUAUCGAAAGGGACCGGGGAAGCAACUGUCAAUUAGAUCUGAUGGAUAAGCAAACAGAAAGUUCAUCAGUUGAGGUUGUACCAGCACUAUCAUCUCUGUUACCUGCAGGCUAUGCCGACGCGUUGAGCACUUUGGAAGUCCUGGUGUAUUUUCGUUCACAGCCUUACUAUGUUCUUGCGGCUUGCGUCUCAGCUGUAAGUUCUAGUACAGACGAUGCUAUCGAUUUCACAGCUCGAUGUCUAAACAAAUUCACGCAUCCACUUGUAAAGACCAUCUAUAAGCAUCAUCACCAGGUAAUAAAAGGUCUCGGGAUGCUAGUCGAUGAUGAAGAUCUAAGGUUUUCUGAUAUCACUUUUGGGCUGAUCGCCGAUCUCAUGCUUUUCGGAUGUCGAUAUAUUAAGCUGUUGACAACGACAAGAUCAGCCCUUGGUUCCCGAGUCGUUUCUCAGCUGCAUUAUAUUGAAUAUUUGCCUCAGAUUCACCGUAACGGGCUGGACGCGGGAUUUCCAUCCCAAAUGCACUUCUUGAAGCCAUCAUAUGCACCAACUUUUCUCGAUCUGACGUUGAAUGCGUUCCAAACGAAAUUUGGGCUAACAUUGGUCCUCGAUCGUGAUAGCUCAUCUCCUUGGGUAAAAGACUUUCAAUGGACGUUCAGUUCAUGCAAUCCAAGGCAAGUGAUUCACUCCUGGUACACUUACGCCAAUUGUUCUCUUCUGAUGUACUUCAGCGUAAGCCGUCGCUUUGGAAAUUCUUAUCCUGGCCACUUUUCAUCGCCGGAAUGGAGUGCCCCUACCCGGAUUCGCAUUCUAUGGAUGAUGGGCGAAAGUUUUGCUGAAUCGCUUUGCCGAGUAUCUUACAUACAAGGCGACAUAAGUAUGCUUGAUGUUGUGUCGUCCUUACAGUGCAUUUGGAAAAUGAAUUCCGGUAUGAUAGUCAAUAUUAUCGACUAUGUGAGCAAUAACAAACUAAUGUGUUACAAUAGACGAGCUGAUGGGGGAACCUUUUCACGGUGCAGAGACGUCAUGGGACGAGAGAGUAGCAAUGCUCGGAUCGCAUGCGCUGUUCAUAUCUAA